GACCUACAGAAAAACAACAUAACAACCAUCAAUGAGUUCGACUUUCAAAAUCUGUCAAAGUUGAGAAUACUAGAUCUAAGUAGGAACCAAAUUUCUGUGAUCGGAAAGAAAAGUUUUCGUGGGUUGCAGUCUAUAAAAAACUUGCAAUUGGACAAUAACCAGAUUACAUGUAUCGAUGAUCAAGCUCUGAGAGGUUUAAAGGAUAUAGAAAUAUUGACACUUAACAACAACAACUUGACAUGGCUCAGCAAGGACAUGUUCAGCAACAUGUUCCGCCUAAGGAAUCUGCGAUUAAACGAGAAUCCUUUCCACUGCGACUGUCAAUUGUCCUGGUUGGCCAGGUACGUGAAGGCCAAUCCCAGGUUGGGGCAAUUUUCCAGGUGCUCCACUCCUGCAAACUUGAAAGGGCAAAACAUCGUGGAUCUGAUCGACCAAGACUUCAAAUGUUCAGGUCUGGCAGAGCACUCUAUUCGUGGAGAAUGCGUGACAGAGCCACCUUGCCCAAGUCAGUGCAAAUGCGCAGAUGGGUUGGUAGACUGUCGAGAAAAAGGUCUAACAAAAGUACCGGAGCAGUUACCUGAAGGAACUGUGGAACUACGUCUAGAACAAAACGAAAUUACAGAGAUUCCAUCCAAAGCCUUUGCCAAUAACAAACGAUUACGACGAAUUGACUUAAGCAACAAUAAGAUUUCGAAAAUUUCGUCCGAUGCCUUUUUAGGACUCAAGGCUCUUACUUCCCUAGUUUUAUAUGGAAAUAAAAUCAAAGAUCUACCUGCUGGAAUAUUCCAUGAACUCAGCUCUCUACAACUCUUAUUAUUAAAUGCCAACGAUAUAUCCUGCAUACGAAAGGACACAUUUAAGGACCUCGCAAAUCUAUCCCUUCUGUCUUUGUACGAUAAUAAUAUCCAAUCCUUGGCAAAUGGCAGUUUUGACUCUCUGCAAAGCAUUCAAACUCUUCACCUGGCAAGAAACCCAUUCAUCUGCGAUUGCAACCUGAAAUGGCUCGCAGAAUAUUUGCACAAAAAUCCUAUAGAAACAUCAGGGGCAAGAUGUGACACCCCGAAACGCAUGCAGAAAAGAAGAUUGGAAGCUUUGAAAGAUGAAAAGUUCAAAUGCCAAGAAGAAUUUAGAACAAGGUAUGCUGGCGAAUGUCUUAUUGAUAAUGCAUGCCCAGUGGGUUGUUCAUGUGAUGGUACCAUUGUGGACUGUUCUGGAAGAAGUCUAAAAGAAAUACCAAGGGAUAUUCCACUAUACACCACAGAACUAUUGUUACAUGACAACGAAUUGGGUCGUAUAAAGUCCGAUGGAUUAUUUGGGAGAUUACCAAAUUUGAUAAAACUGGACUUGAGAAGAAAUCAAAUAACUGGUAUUGAAGAAAAUUCCUUUGAAGGUGCCACACAAAUUAUAGAACUCAAUCUUUCUGAAAACAAACUUUACGAAAUUCACAACAAAAUGUUUUUGGGGCUACAUAAUUUGAAAUCUUUAUCCUUGAAUAAUAAUGGAAUUACAUGUAUAAUGCCUGGAUCCUUCGAUCAUUUAACGUCUCUUUCCACUCUAAAUCUCAUACACAAUCCGUUUGUCUGCAACUGUCACUUGGCCUGGUUCUCUGAUUGGCUUAAAAACAAAGGACUAAGCGGUUCUUCCCCCAGAUGUUCAGGCCCUGCAAGAGUAAAAGACGUGUUGAUAAGGGAACUGCCGAAAAACGAGUUCAAAUGUUUGAGUGAUAACGAUCAAGGUUGCUUGGGUGAAAACUACUGUCCGCCGAUGUGCGCAUGCACCGGCACUGUUGUCAGAUGUUCGCGCGCCAACUUGACCGAAAUACCGCGGGGAAUUCCCCCGGAAACGUCGGAGUUGUACUUGGAUUUUAACAGUAUUUUUAGGAUACAAGCUGACAGAAUCAGUCACUUAAAAUCACUGACGAGACUGGAUUUGAGUAAUAAUAAUAUUGGUAUGCUGUCCAAUAGCGCGUUUGCAAAUUUGUCCAAACUCAGUACUUUGAUUAUAAGUUACAAUAGGCUGCAAUGUGUGCAAGUUAACUCUUUGACGGGAUUAAAUGCUCUUAGAAUAUUGUCUUUACACGGCAAUCAAAUUUCAAUGAUUCCUGAAGGGACAUUUGCCAACUUAAAAUCGAUCAGUCAUAUUGCUUUAGGUGCGAAUCCUUUGUACUGCGAUUGUUCGCUAAGGUGGCUCUCUGAUUGGGUCAAAGUCGACUAUGUUGAACCGGGUAUUGCUCACUGUGCAGAGCCUGCUAAUAUGAAAGAUAAAUCGAUUUUGUCGACGCCAUCUAACGCUUUUCAAUGCAGAGAAAAAGUGAGCAAUGAAAUUUUGGCAAAGUGCGAUGCCUGUUUUACCUUCCCUUGUAAGAACGAGGGAAAAUGCGUUACGCAGCCAGAAAGGGACUACGAGUGUAAAUGCGCUCCAGGAUAUCACGGAAAAAAUUGCGAGUUCAUGAUCGACGCGUGCUAUGGAAAUCCUUGCAGGAAUCAGGGCGCCUGCAAAGUCCUGGAAGAAGGAAGAUUCAGUUGUCAAUGUCAACCUGGAUAUGACGGUCUAAGAUGCGAGAAUAACAUCGACGAUUGCCUCAAAAACAAAUGCCAAAACAACGCCACCUGCGUAGAUUUAGUGAACUCAUAUCAAUGCAAAUGCCCUGCUGGUUACAUGGGUGAAUACUGUGAAAAGAAAAUCCCUUUUUGCACUGAACACUACAACCCGUGCAAAAACGAUGCCACCUGUGUGGACCAUGACACUUAUUAUACUUGUGAAUGUUUGCAAGGUUUUAAGGGAGAAAAUUGUUCUAUAAACAUUGACGAUUGCGAAAAUAAUAUGUGCCAGAACGGCGCUUCUUGCGUGGACGGCGUCAACGACUACGUCUGCAAAUGCGCUGGCGACUUCAUAGGAAAAUUCUGCGAAAUCACGCCCAUCGUGGCCAUGAUGUACCCCCAAACGUCCCCAUGCCAACACCACGACUGCGUGCACGGCGUCUGCUUCCAACCUUCGGGAUCCAACGACUACCUGUGCAAAUGCGCCCCCGGAUAUUCGGGAAAGCGUUGCGAAUACUUGACGAGUCUGAGUUUCGUCCACAACACCUCCUACGUGGAGCUGGAACCUCUGAGGACCAAGCCGGAGGCCAACGUUACCAUCGUUUUCGCUACCACGCAAGAAAACGGUGUUUUGAUGUACGAUGGCCAUCAGGAGCACUUGGCAGUCGAGCUUUUUAACGGAAGGAUCAGGGUCAGCUAUGACGUCGGGAAUUAUCCUGUUUCUACAAUGUAUAGCUUUGAGAUGGUGGCUGACGGUCAGUACCACAUAGCAGAGUUGAUUGCUAUCAAAAAGAACUUCACUCUUAGAGUUGAUAGAGGUUUGGCGCGCUCCAUUAUCAACGAUGGUAGCAAAGAUUUCCUCAGAUUGGGUACUCCAAUGUACCUUGGAGGUAUCCCGGCUGAACCUGGGCAACAGGCGUUUUCCCAAUGGCAUCUGAGGAACCUCACCAGCUUCCACGGCUGCAUGAAAGAGGUGUGGAUCAACCACAAGCAGGUGGACUUCGGCAACGCGCAGACGCAGCAAAAGGUCCAACCUGGCUGCGGCGUCGUCGAGCAGGACAAGGAGGAGGAGGAGCGGCAGCAGGAGGACGAGAUGGACGGCAUGAUGAUCGGCGAGCCGGCUAGUCCGCCCGAUCCGUGCCUGCGCAACCAGUGCAAGCACGACGCGAAGUGCGUGCCUGCGCGCCAAGGCGACUUCGGCUACGCGUGCAAGUGCAAGGCGGGCUUCAAGGGCAAAUACUGCGAGCAAGGUGAGGAGGAAUCUCCCACUUGCAGAAAAGAGCAGGUAAGAGAGUAUUUCUCUGAGAAUGGAUGUAAGUCGAGGAAACCAUUGAAGAUGGCCAAGUGUGUUGGGGGUUGCGGUAGUUGCUGUCAAGCUAGAAAGAGCAAAAGGAGGAAGGUCCGCUUGAUGUGCCCCGACGGCACCCGCUACACCAAAGACAUAGACAUCGUGCGCAAGUGCGCGUGCACGAAGAAAUGCUACUGA